CAUAAUUAUGCCACCAUCACUCAAUCCAAUAAUCAAAAUUUGACUUUUGCAUUCAAUUGAAGCACUUAAUCACUAUUUUCUGAAUUUGUCUAUUAUUUUUACGUGGAUUUUUAAUUUUCAAAUUUUUCAGUGAUGUCUGAAGUAAUUGCGAAUCAAGUUCAUUCUGAAGAAAAUCAAGCAGAUAUCUGUGUGGUUUGCUUUAAAGGUGUAGAUAUUUACAGUAUUGGCGAAUGUGAUCAUCCUGUAUGCUAUGAAUGUAGCACAAGAAUGAGAGUCCUUUGUCAACAAAACGAGUGUCCGAUUUGUAGGAAAUCACUUUCCAAGGUAAUUUUUACUCAUAAGAAACAGAAAUAUAGAGAACUUGAAGCCAGUAAUAGAUCGGAGCAUUAUAAUAAAAAGUACAAAAUCGCAUUUGAAAAUUCAAAAAUUCAAAAUGCGUUCUAUACAUUGCUCGAUCACCCAUGUCCAAUAUGUAAGUGUUCACCAUUUCAUCAUUUUGACGCACUGAAAGAUCAUGUACGUAAAGAACAUGAACGUUUUUACUGUGAUAUAUGCACAGAACAUUUGAAAAUAUUUACAUUUGAAAGGAAGUGUUAUAAUAGACAUGAUCUAGCAAUGCACAGACGGAAAGGAGAUAUAGAUAAUACUUCACAUAGAGGUCAUCCUCUAUGUCAAUACUGUGAAUGUAGAUUCUUGGAUCGAGAUGAAUUAUUUAGACACAUGAGAAAGGAACACUUAUUUUGUCAUUUUUGUGACGCAGAUGGGUCAAAUGAAUUUUAUGCUGACUACGAAUCUCUGCGUGAACAUUUCCGGAAUGAACACUAUCUUUGUGAGGAGGGUGACUGCUCUCGUGAGCUGUAUACAGGAGUUUUCAGGUCCGACAUAGACUUGAAAGCUCAUUUUGCAAGUGUCCAUAGAAAAUCUUUAAAUAAGCAACAAGCAAAACACGCGAGGACUUUACAACUGGAAAUUAGAUUGGGUCAUCGGGGGAGAUCUUCUAAUCAAGAAAAUCAGCCUGGUGCUAAUUUACAUUUGAGGAGAUCAGAUUCCAAUGAUAAUAUUGAAAAUCAAGCGCCGCAACCUGCUCGACCAGUGGUCAUUGCACCUCUCAACGAAGAGGAAUUUCCUUCUCUAGGUGGAUCAAGUAGUAAUUCCUCGUCUGUUUCUUUAAUGCGUCCUAAUAUGGCAAAUAUAAAAAAAUCUGGUCCAGCUGGUCUUGCCAGAACUAAGGAAAAUUUUCCAGCUUUGCCCAUGAAUGAAUCAGUUACAAACAAAUUAACAAAUAAUAAUCACACACCUGCCAGUGCUGUUUUAAAAGGAAGUAUAAAAUCCAGUCAAAACAAAUCAGGAUCAAAUGGAAUGGUGAUACAUGUUUCCAAUAGACCUAAGUCCUCAAAUUCAAAAGGUUUGGCGAAUAUCAAAGACUUCCCAGCCUUGCCAAGCCAUUCGAAACAUUCUCAAAUUAGAGAACCUGAAGAUGACUUAAAUUUAGGUCCAUACAAUAACUUCAAUUCAUUAGUUUUAGCAAAACAUCGCGCACUUGUUGACAACUAUGUGUCUGUAAUAAAUCCAGCUGGGAAUUCAAAAAUACAAACGAUAGCCGAAAAUAGCACAAAACCAAAAAAAAAUAAAGAAAACAAUGACAUACAAUUAAACAGUAAUGAUUUUCCUGCUCUAAGUUCUAAACCGGGAAACAAUAUCAUUCAAGUAAAUUGGGUUAAAACUCCCUCACAGAAUGGUUUGGACCGUAAGUCUAAAAUAGCGCCAGCGCCUGUAUUGCCAAAUAAAACGGAAAGUACGAAGAGACGAGAACGGGAAAUAGUAAUAGGGGACAUGAAUGACAUCAAUAAUAAAAAAAAGAACAGCAAAGGUUCAGAAAGUAGGAAAGCUAACGAAUCCAAAAAUUUGAAGUUGCUUGAAAUGAAAAAAAAUUUAGAAUCCAGCUCCAGAAAACUUAAUGACAAUGAAAUAAUAAAAUCAACAAAAAAUGUUUCGGAUAAUUUUAGCAAUAAUGUAACAAAAAGUCUAAAUAACGACUCUGAAAAACUUCAGGUCAUAAAACCUCCUCCAGGUUUCAACAGUAUAACACUUAACUCGGUGGCAAAACCAACAUCAUCAUUAACUUUUACUACUUCACUGGGAGAAAGUUAUAGCAUUAUACCCAGUAAUAUAUAUACACCCCCACCAAAUGCAGAUGCUAGAAAUAAGGAACUACCAUUCCAUUUUGAACAAGCUUUACAGACUGUGGAAGCAUUUAACGAGUUUCGUAAAAUAUCUAGCGAGUUUCGUCAAGGGAAAUACAACGCUGCAGCUUAUUUUGAAGAGUGUCAAAUAGCAUUAAAAGAUAAAUUUAACGAAAUAUUCCCUGAACUUCUGGCGCUUUUACCUGAUAUAAGCAAGCAACAGGAUUUGUAUUUAGAAUACCAGCAAUAUCUCAAGAAAAAUUCAAAAAAAUUGCAAGAACACCAAAAAUUGGAAAUUUGCUAUAUAUGCAAACAAAUAUUAAAGUCUUUUGAUUUGGAUAACCAUAUUAACACACAUCAACUAAAUUCAAAUUUUCCGAAAUUAUAAGUUGAUCAAAUAUACAAAUGUAAAAUUUAAACCGAAGGUGCUAUUUGUUUUGUAAAUUUUUAAUAUUCAAGUCAUCUAAUUUAAAAAUUAACAAAAGUUGUAAUAUAAAACAAGAAAUUAAAAGUAUUUAAUUUUCUUUUUAAACCUAUAG